CAAAAAAACAUAUGUUUGCAGAAUUUGUUAUUGUUUAUCCCCAUUGUUGGGGCUGCUAAAUAAAUGUGCUUCUUCUCAAUCAGUUGCUUGAAGGCGUUUGACAAAAGUGACGUGUGAAAUUUUACGGGGAAUCGUAAGAAAAAGAAAAAUCAGAAACUUUUUUGACUAAUUUAAGCAAAAAAUAGACAAAAAAAAUUAAUGCGCAGUGUUAAGUAAAAGAAAAUAACAAAGAAUUACAUAAUUAUAAAGCCGAAAUAAAUUAUUUUGCAAAAGUUAAAUAUUUUCCAGCAAAUAAAGAAGUGCGUGUUAAACGUUUGAAAAAGUUGAACAAUAAAAGAUUGAAGGUCAUCAUUUAGUGGCUGAAAUCAAAGUGCUGGUACUAAUUUAAGGUGACUGGCUAGCCGAGUGCCUCAACAGUGGAAAAAUCAAUAUAAAUUUUCAAACCAGACUAGAAUAUCAAAACGUUUUCAUUUAGCAACUAAAAAUCUUAAGUUUGUCUAACAAUUUUUGUGUAUUUGUGAAUGUUUUGUGGAAAAUUCACCAUUAAAUGCAUUCAUUACAAAAUUAUUCAAAUAAAAUUUUACUAAAAGCACCAAUUACUAACCUACAAAAACAACAAACAACCGAAAACAGCAACUGCAGCGGCAAUAAGACAACACGUCUGUUGCAGCAGUCACACCUCGAAAUAGCAUCCGCUAAAGCAGCCCUGACACAUUUACCCAGCUCGGGAACAACAACAAAGUUCGACAUUGCCGACGUAGAACAAGAAGUUGUAAGCAAAAAUGUCUUAUACUGAAUUGGAAUCAGGUUAUCAGGAUUUACGUCAACAAUCCAACCAACAAGCAGCUGCCGUUUCCUCGCAAUCUCAUGCCUCCGUGGUAGGAAACACCGGCGGCAGCACUGAGCGCGCACAUCAGCGGCCUGGAUUCUUUGUUGGUCACGAUGGCAAUGGCGACACAGAUUUCUGUGAAAGUAAUGACGGCAUGGAUUCAGAUGCUAGUACCUCAUCAAAUCCUGGCAAACAGGUGGUUGUGGGCAUAUGUGCCAUGGCCAAAAAGACACAAUCGAAACCAAUGAAAGAAAUUCUAACACGUUUGCAGGAUUUUGAAUUUAUUAAAAUGGUCAUAUUCGAAGAAGAUGUCAUACUAAAGGAACCUGUAGAAAAUUGGCCUAUAUGCGAUUGUUUGGUAUCCUUUCACUCUAAGGGUUUUCCUUUGGAAAAGGCCAUACAAUAUGCUCAAUUGCGUAAACCUUAUGUUUUAAAUAAUCUUCAUAUGCAGUACGAUAUACAGGAUCGUCGUAGAGUCUAUGCUAUAUUGGAAAAGGAAGGUAUUGAAAUACCACGUUAUGCGGUAUUAGAUCGUGAUUCACCAGAUCCAAAACAACAUGAACUUAUAGAAUCGGAAGAUCAUGUAGAGGUCAAUGGUAUUAUAUUUAAUAAACCCUUUGUGGAGAAACCAGUAUCGGCUGAAGAUCAUAAUAUUUAUAUUUACUAUCCCACUUCGGCCGGCGGUGGUAGUCAGCGUUUAUUUAGAAAGAUCGGCAGCCGUAGUAGUGUGUACUCCCCCGAAUCUCGUGUUCGUAAAACGGGUUCAUUUAUUUAUGAAGAUUUCAUGCCCACUGAUGGUACCGAUGUCAAAGUCUAUACUGUGGGUCCCGACUAUGCACAUGCUGAAGCACGCAAAAGUCCGGCUUUAGAUGGCAAAGUUGAGCGCGACAGUGAGGGCAAAGAGAUACGUUAUCCGGUCAUAUUAAAUCAUGCCGAAAAAUUAAUAUCACGCAAAGUUUGCUUGGCCUUUAAACAAACCGUUUGUGGUUUUGAUUUAUUAAGAGCCAAUGGAAAAUCGUAUGUGUGCGAUGUAAAUGGCUUUAGUUUUGUUAAAAAUUCCAAUAAAUACUAUGAUGAUUGUGCCAAAAUAUUGGGUAAUAUGAUUUUAAGAGAAUUAACACCUACCUUGCAUAUACCCUGGUCGGUGCCCUUUCAAUUAGAUGAUCCUCCCAUAGUGCCCACAACGUUUGGUAAAAUGAUGGAGUUGCGCUGUGUAGUGGCUGUUAUAAGACAUGGUGAUCGUACACCUAAACAGAAAAUGAAAGUUGAAGUUAGACAUCCUAAAUUUUUUGAAAUUUUUGAAAAAUAUGAUGGCUUUAAGCAUGGUCAUGUUAAAUUGAAACGUCCUAAACAAUUACAAGAAAUUUUAGAUAUUGCUCGUUUCUUGUUGGCUGAAAUUGAAACUAAAGAUAAUCCCGAAAUUGAGGAGAAAAAGAGUAAAUUGGAACAAUUGAAAAGCGUUUUAGAAAUGUAUGGUCACUUUUCUGGUAUUAAUCGUAAAGUACAAAUGAAAUAUCAACCCAAAGGACGUCCUCGUGGUUCCAGUUCUGAUGACGGUAAUAAUGUUAAGACUUUAGACGCACCCACCGAACCAUCUUUAGUAUUGAUAUUAAAAUGGGGUGGAGAAUUAACACCGGCGGGACGCAUACAAGCCGAAGAAUUGGGACGCAUAUUUAGGUGUAUGUAUCCGGGAGGACAAGGAAGACAAGAUUAUUCGGGUACACAGGGAUUGGGGUUAUUAAGAUUACACUCCACCUUUCGUCAUGAUUUAAAAAUCUAUGCCUCUGAUGAGGGAAGAGUACAAAUGACAGCAGCAGCAUUUGCCAAAGGUCUAUUGGCCUUAGAAGGUGAACUAACGCCCAUUUUAGUACAAAUGGUUAAGAGUGCCAAUACUAAUGGUUUAUUGGAUAAUGAUUGUGAUUCCAGUAAAUAUCAAAAUAUGGCCAAAAAUCGCUUACACGAAUUAAUGCAAGUUGAUCGUGAAUUUACAGCCGAUGAUCGUAUGGCUAUUAAUCCCAAUAACAGUAUUUCCAUUAAUCAAGCUUUGGAUUUUGUUAAAAAUCCCGUAGAAUGCUGUAAUCAUGUGCACAGUCUCAUUAAAGAGUUACUAAUUAUUAUAAGUGUUAAAAAAGAUGAUCCCAAAACAAAGGAUGCUAUACUCUAUCAUGGUGAGACUUGGGAUUUAAUGCGUUGUCGUUGGGAAAAAAUCGAAAAAGAUUUUAGUACUAAAUCAAAACUAUAUGACAUCUCGAAAAUACCCGAUAUCUAUGAUUGCAUUAAAUAUGAUUUACAGCAUAAUCAACAUACUCUGCAAUACGAUCAGGCAGAGGAAUUAUACAUUUAUGCUAAAUAUCUAGCCGAUAUUGUUAUACCACAAGAAUAUGGUUUAACAAUGCAAGAAAAAUUGACAAUUGGCCAGGGUAUAUGUACGCCAUUAUUGAAAAAGAUCAAAUCAGAUUUACAACGUAAUAUCGAAGAGGUCGAAGAUGAGUCGGUAAAUCGUUUGAAUCCCCAGUAUAGUCAUGGUGUUGCUAGCCCUGGUAGACAUGUACGCACUCGCUUAUAUUUCACUAGUGAAAGUCAUGUUCAUUCUCUACUAACGGUUCUGCGUUAUGGUGGUUUAUUGAAUGUUUUAACCGAUGAACAAUGGCGUCGUGCUAUGGAUUAUAUUUCGAUGGUAUCGGAACUCAAUUAUAUGUCACAAAUUGUUAUAAUGUUAUAUGAAGAUCCUACUAAAGAUCCCACAUCGGAGGAGAGAUUCCAUGUGGAAUUACACUUUAGCCCGGGUGUUAAUUGCUGUGUGCAAAAGAAUUUGCCUCCAGGACCAGGUUUUAGACCACAUUCUCGCAAUGAUUCGGGGCAAUUGAGAACUUCGAAUCAUGAAGACUGCAACAGCAAUCCCUCGCGCAUAGAUGAGGAAAAUGACACCGAGGAGAGUCCAGUUAAAACUCACAUGCUUUCACCCGAUCGUUUAGAUUGUGAAAUACGUCCGUUAAAAUCUAAACCCAUACCUAUAGGAGCCCAUCAUACGGUAUCGGGACAUGAGGCUAUGGAUUUGGCCAAGCGACUCAAUCAAGAAUUGGCCUCGCAACAACAGCAAACCAAACAGACAGGUUCUCUUGAAGCUACCCGUCCCCUAAGUCCCGAUGGUGAGCCCAGAUCACGUAGUUUUGAACAAAGACCAAAAAAUAUUAAAGAAGAGGUUGAGUCGAAUGUUUCACGACAAGACAAAGAUUUCCAAGAGAUUCUAACCUCACGUGUGACUAAUCUCAAUCGUUCGGUUUUUCAAAUACGAGUAACUGAUAAUUUAACAUUAUUCAAAAUUGAUUCUUCCACCAAUGAACUGCCUUUAUCUGAAAUUGAUUUUUCUGUAAAUCCAGGCACACCCGAAAGUCAAGAUAUUUGUUUAGCACAUCAAAAAUCCAGCUCACCCGGUGAACGUUUGCAAAAACGUCAUGCUCAAUUAUUGACUAUGCGUCGCAUGGAAAGUGGCGAUGAACCGGAUUUUGUACAAAAACUAAGGGACUGUAGGAAAAUCUCUCCCUUAGCCACCAAUGAACAUCCGUUGUCGUGUAAUUGUUCCUUUCAUUUGCCUAGUGUUAAUGAGGAUGUUGCCUAUCCACAUGCUCAUUCGAAAAGUGAAGCUGAUAUUUCGGAUAUUGUACCUUAUGCCUCAAAAGUAUCUAGUCCACCUAUAGCGAUUGCUUCACCUAGGAAUUCUUUUGAAGAGGAUUAUCAAUUACCCUCUUCUGCUCCGGCAGCUCUAAUGAGUGGAGAAUUUCAUAUGAACUUUCGUAAAAAAUCGAAUACCCUUAAACCUUCCUCCGCUUCUAAUUCCCCCACUGCUUCUACACUACAAUUAUGUCAGGCUUUAGAUGAACCUCCCAUUCUUAAUAACUGUCCGCCAGGCUCUAGGUUGUCACGUAACAAGCAUGCUGCUAAUAGUAACGAUUUCAAUCCCCAUAAACAAUGUUUAUCUUCAGCCCAAUCGGCACCGGUUAUAGUAGAUUUGGCGAAUCCUUUUAAAUUUCCUGCUUUAUAUAGUUUUAAACAAUUUGCUCCAAUUGCUGAAAAUGCUGCAACUAAUACAACCUUUUCUCCUUCCAUCCUCAACACUGACACUAUCACGAACCCUACCAUUACUGUUGUCGACACCAAUUCUAUACCCUCAACAUCCCAACAUCCUCCACAACAACAUUUUAAUGCCUAUCAUCAUCCUUAUCACAAUCCAAAUCCUUUUCCUCUCCAUCACUAUCAUAUGCAUCAUGAUCAUUCUUAUCAACAUCCUCAUAUGCAUCAUCAUCAUCAUACUAACAACAAUAACAAUGCUCACCUACACCAAUACACACCACCACCAUCAACAUCCGCUCAUAUACCAAAUGUUGUUGUUACUUUUAAUAACUCUCCCACGUCCUCAACAAAUUUCAAUGAUUUGCCUUUUAAUAAAAACAAUGAUGAUUUUGAUGAAUUUAAUACAAAUAUCACUUCUACAUCUGGCGUUGCCUCUUCUAUCCACCAACAACACCAUCCCCUUAAAACUCCUUCUCGCAUUUCUUGUUCAUCUCGUUCACGCACCCCUAUUGAUUCCUUCGAUAAACCUUUUAACACUUCCUCCAUUAUCAAACCUACUAUUGCUGAUACCACUACAGAUAAUACGGUCACUUCGACAUCAUCGUCGUCAUCGGUAUCGUCUAGACGUCAAAGACACAGUAUUGCCGGCCAGAUGUCUUAUAUGAAAAUGUUGGGAUUCGGUGGUUUUAGUAAAAAGAUGACCACUAGCUCCAAUAGUCUAUUUAGUACAGCGGUUAUAACUGGAAGUUCCUCAGCUCCAAAUUUGAGAGAUAUGAUACCAGUAUCAUCAUCCGUUCUGGAUGGUUUUGGUGGUGUACCGCCCAUACGCCCCCUGGAAACGCUACACAAUGCAUUAUCGCUCAAACAGCUAGAUCAUUUUCUAGAGAAAAUGACUUCGGCUCCGCUCUUUAAAACGCCCACUUGCACACCGCCCAAAAAUCCCUCAACCCCCUUGUCCAUGAUGACAACAACAACUCUAGAGGAAGAACCAUUGGCUAGUACACCCACAAAUCAUGUAUGCCGUUGCAACGAUAAUAGUGUGAUAAAUGAAAAGAAUCCCGAUAGAUGUAGCAUGUGUGGUCAUCAGUUACGUCCUGCUUUACCAGGAGCAGCCUCAACACCCCUAACGCCAGCUGUUGAGGGCAAUUCAAUGACAAAAUCUGUAAACGAUAAUGUCGGACCACUUUUAUUGUGGAGCAAACAAUCAAGUGUAGCUAGCAGUAUUACAGAACCCUCAUCGCCGGCUAUAUCGGAUACCUGUUCACAAGAGACCCCUAGUUGUGAUAUGUCCAUCAGUCUAACCAGUACCGAGGGCUAUAAUAUGCCUUCGACGGCUGCACAAAGAUUGGCCAAAUUCUUUCCACGUUUAGAUGAUGAUCUCAAUUUGGUUAGUGUUUAUGCACCCAUCAAUUUGGAUUGUUUAGAAACGGCCGAAACGGAAUUAAGUUGUGGCGGAGCAGUGGGUGGUAUAGGAGAAGGUGGUGGUUUCGAUGCUAAAAGUGCCUGUUUGACGCCAGUUAGUUUUAAUAUGGAUUUGAGUAUUGCGGCCAAUAAGGGAUCACUAACAUUGUCAGUGGAUGGUUUUGAGGAUGAUGAUGAUGCCCACACACCCUCAGCUGCCACUACUCCCUCAUUGCCACGCGAUGAGCCCCAUUUAGAAUUUUGCUAUUGCUGUGAAGCUCAUAGCAAUCAGGGUCAGCCACCAGAUGAUACACAAAAAUCCAACGAACUUUUCAAUAUAAUGAGAAAUAAACGUUUAGCGGCCAAUGAACGCAAACUGGCAAUGUUAUUGUCGUAUGCUCCUUUAAGUGCUGGCUUACUUAAUGCCGAGACUCCACGGUUAGGCAUACGCAAGGCCUCCGAAGCCACCAUAUCGCCCAGAAUUCAAAAACAAAUUACUUUCGAAAGUGGUGAACUGGAGAGACAAAAAGAGUACUCAGCUUUACAUGCCUCUAUAAAUAUACCACAACCUAGCAGUUUGCAGCUUAAACAAGAUGCACGCUUAAGGAAAUUCGAAAAUCUAACACAAUCUACUUCUAACUCGAAUUUUCCUUUUGAAAGUAAUACUUUGAAGAGAGUGCCCAAUAAUGUAGAAGAUUAUGUUGAUGUCAAUUUAACACAAUCCUGUAUAAAUCUUAAGUCAUCGGGAGUGGCUGCCUCUAAUACGUCUUCUACUUGUAGUUCGCCUCAGCAUAAAGUGAUUUCCGUUUCGUCCAGUUACCCAGUCAUGCUCAACAAUGCCGCCCGAGGAAUGGAUACUACAAGUGGCCCAGCUAGCCCUCGGCCGGGAGCUUUAAUAGUUAAGGAAAAAUUUAUAGAACCGCCUAAGCGCAUAACACGCAGUUUUCAUGGCAAGACACAUUCCAUGGAUUCUGAUUUUCUAUUUAAUGAAUUCCUACUAGUGCCAGCCCACUCUAUGGCUGCCCAAAAUUCUUCAAGCAGUGAUACCGGCAGUGCUGCCACUUCGCCAUCGGCUCGUUCUAAUAAGCGUUUUACCACUACCAAGGUAUUGGAUGAAGAUUUAGAGGAUUUAAGUGAAAACUAAUAAAAUUACAAUUAAGUAUUUUAAAUUUAGUUCAAAUAGAAAGUGCGAAAAUUUUUGAAAAAUUUGUGUGUGUGUGUAGCUUUAAGUUAAAAAUUGUGUGGAAAA